AUGGUCCUGACACAGCUUGCAUCGGCGAACCUCGAGGGCCUCUGCUCCAAGGAGCAGCUUGAGCUCCUCAACACGGUUGACUCGCUGCGAUCGCAGGGCAUCAGCCACUACAUCUCUCUGCCUCAAAUUAUCGUGUGCGGCGACCAGUCCUCGGGAAAAAGCUCUGUCCUCGAGGCCAUCUCGGGUGUCUCCUUUCCCGUCAGCACUGGUCUCUGCACGCGCUUCCCGACGGAACUCAUCCUUCGAACGGCACCGCACAUAUCGGUCAAGGUCUCCAUCAUCCCUCAUAAUCCACUUCGAAGAGACAAGCAGUCCCCCUCUACCGACUUCCACGAGCAACUCGACUCGGUUCAGCAGCUGCCGGAGCUCAUCGAGAACGCAAAGGCAUACAUGGGAAUCAAGACCCUCGGCAAAGCCUUCUCCAACGAUGUCCUUCGCAUAGAGAUUAGUGGACCGGAUCGUCCCCAUCUCACAAUUGUCGAUCUGCCUGGGCUGAUUCACUCCGAGACCAAGAAUCAGUCCGCUGCGGAUGUGCACCUCAUCACCCAGAUCGUCAAGAACUUCAUGUCGAAGAAGCGAAGCAUCAUCCUCGCGGUCAUAUCCGCAAAGAACGACUACGCCAACCAGAUCGUCUUGAAGCUUGCCCGCGAUACUGACCCACGAGGGCUUCGCACGCUCGGCAUCAUUACCAAGCCAGACACUCUCGCUCCUGGUUCCUCAAGCGAGAAGAGCUACAUCUCCCUUGCCACAAACAUGGACGUGGUGUUCCGGCUUGGAUGGCACGUUCUGAGGAACAGAGAUACGGACGCAGACAAAUGGACUCUGGCGCAGCGAGAUACGCAAGAGAAAGAAUUCUUCUCCAAGAGCGCUUGGUCGAUCUUGCCCGAGUCAUGCUUGGGUAUCGCGUCUCUUCGAAGUCGAUUGAGCAAACUGCUGUUGCAUCAGAUUGCCUCUGAACUACCGAGCCUGAUGAAUGAAAUUUCCCGCGAGGUUGAUUCCUGCGAGACGGAGCUCAAGAAAUUCGGCGACCCUCGCACAAGUCCCCAAGAGCAACGACUUUACCUGAUCCAGAUCAGUCAGUCAUUUCAAUCUUUAAUGCAGGCUGCAGUUGACGGCACUUACACCGAUCCCUUCUUCAGCGACUCGGAGUCCGAAGGCGGUUAUCCCAAGCGCAUCCGUGCCAUCAUUCAGAACCUCAGUCGUGACUUUGCCAAGGAAAUGACAGAAAACGGUCGGUUCUACAGGAUCGUGAACUCUUCCGAGGAGAGUGAGACGACCAGCAGCCAUAUCCGGCUCACGAAAGAUGAAUUCGUCACCAAAGUCGUCGACAUGAUGGCCCAUAGACGUGGCCGAGAGCUUCCCAACUCCUUCAGCCCGACGAUUGUCACGGACUUGUUCCGGGAGCAGUCGAAACUCUGGGAAUCGAUUGUGAAGCGCCAUGUGAAGCAGGUCUGGAGCGCGGCCCAAGUGUUUGUGAAUGGCUUGGUUUCACACAUCUCCGAUCUAGAGACAAACGACGCCAUUACGACAGCUGUUGUGAAGCCGAAGAUGGAGGCCGUGCUGGCCAGCCUCCAACAGAAGACAGAAAAUCUACUCCAGCUGUAUCGAAAGGAUCAUCCAAUCACAUACAACAGUGACUUCAGCGAGGCUCUUCAGAAAAUCCGUCUCGACCGGCAUUCCGCCAGGCUUGAUGGAAUCUUGCAGUCAUUCUUCCCAUAUGCUUCCCUUGGCGACACCAGCGUACGUGUGAAUGCCACUGUGGAUUUUCAUAGCUUGAGGCGGCAGUUGGUGCAGAGCGUUGAGCCAGACUUGUAUCGUUGGAGUGCGGCAGAGGCGCUCGAUAGUGCCGAGGCCUAUUAUGAAAUCGCCUUCAAGAGAUUCAUUGACGAGAUCUCGAUCCAGGUGAUUGAAACAGGAUUAGUCGCCGAGAUCCGCGAGAUUCUCAGCCCGCUGGCCGUAGCCAAGAUGAGCGACGACGAAAUGGAGGCUAUUGUCGGCGAAAAAGAGAGCAUACGCGUGGAGCGCAAGAAGCUCGAGGCCAAGCUCAAGCUUCUCAACGACGGUUCAGAGACUUGCAAGAAGUUUUCUGGAUUCCAGACCCUGGGUAUUCACCCUAUGCCUAUCUCAUGUGCUCUGAGCUUAAACUAA